AUGGCUUUUACUGAGAGCGAAAAACAAACGGAAUGGGAGGACACUUUUGUAGAAUUCUAUGACCGAAGAAAUGAAGGAAUCGCGGUGAGGAGAAUGGUUCCGUCAGAUCACUAAAUAAAAAGAGGGGUGUAUUUAAGGCAGCUAAGAAUAUCAAGGUUGCCUUUGAAAAAUAACGUUAAGUUUUGUUUACUCGUAGUAUUGGAUAGCAGAGAUAGCAGAAAUUAAACGGAGAAAAGAGUCGGAGGAUCGGCAGGAAAAGAGGAAGAAAAGGGAGCUAUAUGCUUGGAAGAUCGUUGAUGACCAGGUGAGAGAACUUGAGGUGUUUUAAUCAAUUAACUUCUACAAUUUAGAUGGAAGUGCCUCACCACAAUUCUAUGCGGGAUUCAUCCAAAAUGAAUUUUUCUCCCUGCGAAAAGAGUCGGUUAGAAAGGAUACCUUGGCACCGCGCCGUAGUCAUUGAUCUUGAGGAAGAGAUAACGGAUAUUCAUAAAGGCCACCAUCAUAAAUAGCUAUAGAUAAGGCAGCUGUAAAAUGCUUAUAAUAAAUAUUCAACUUUUGAUUAUUUGUUUCAGUGCAUUAACCAAUGCCGGUAGCCUAACUGCUUUAGUUAUCGACAUCAGGCAUAUUACACAAACUUGCUUGGCUUGAGCAGAAAACUAUCGCGAUAGUCAAGUACCUAUAGUUUACUAUAUCACGACCCUCUUCAAACAAAAUAGAACCAAACCACCCGAGUAUAUCUGAGGAAAAAAUACACUUAGUUAGGAACCCCUCGUACUGAUAUUCAGUUACUAAAACACUUUUAACCUCGCACAGUUUGCUCAAGCUAAAAAUUGGAAAUUUCAAUUUUAAGAGGCUUUAUAUUCCUUCAAAAACCGUUUCACAAACUUGUUUCCUCUGAGGCCUCAGUGUUAAUUCCAGUUUUUCGAAGCUUUAGAAAUUUAAAGGAAUGGUUAAAAAGUCAGCAAAUAAGUCAAACAAAGUAACACUUUGGCAAUGCCACUUAGAAACAAGGAAAAUAACUAAACUCAUCUAUCAAUUCUAAACGUUUGCCCGUGCUUUAUGAACAACAGUAAUUUUUUCUUUAAUCACUACCGCUAUAGUAGGCAUCGUUACUUUUUUCCAUAAAAGGCAAGACUUUGAAUUUGUCAAAUAAGGAAACCUAAACAAGCUCCGCUUCCCGGUGGGAGAUUAAAACUCGUAAUAACGGGUCCUUUAAAUAGAUUGUCACAUGGCUCCCAGGGGGUAUACGUUCAGUAAUCCAUAUCAAAACAUUUGAGUUUUGUUCAAAUUUUGCUAUCGCUCCAAUAAACCCUAAAACCCUUUUAAUAUUUAGUUUACAGUAAUUUCAAUUUACGCUAUCAAAUUAUAAAGUCUGUAGCUUACACUACAAUCCUAGCCUGCUGGCAAACUCGCGAGAGAACUGGCAAGCGAACGACGAAGAGCGUUUUUUCUUCCCAGCAUCCUCAUGCCAAGCACAAAGCAUCAUGGGAAGGGAAGAACUAGCCAACUCAUCCAUCACUGAAGUUAUGAAUGUAUGAAAAUCAUAUAUGAGAACUGCGGGGUGAAGAAUUAUAUGAAAGAAGAUCAUCGCAGUUAUAGACGCACUGCAGUAGCGAAAAGGCUUUCAGGCUUUCUUUUCGCAACUGCAAAGUUACGUCUAUAACUGCGAUGAUCUUCUUUCAUAUAAUUCAUUCGUCACUGUCCCGUCGUCUUUUACGCAUAAAGAGAGAGACUUUAGUGAAAGAGGCAGAAGUUCCCCAUUAUAAAGUCAUAUGAUCGAGAAAAAGUUAAAUGAGCUGCUCAGCACCUAGAAGGCGGUCGGGUAAAAUAAUACUGAAAUUUCUAAAGCACAGGCGAAAAUACUUUCGCCAUGAUAUUGGAGGGCAGUAACAGCAGUAACACAACCAGAUGUCUGCAGUAGCAGGUCAUUCGUAAUGAUAUAAAAUUUUGCUAUUCACGUUGACCCGUUUUCUUUGCACUUUCGCUUUAGAUCGUGCCUUGGGAUCUUGCAACUAAAGGAUUCUUCUUUAGUGACGAAGUUUACAUUGUACUGAAUCGCACUGACAUUCAGUCAACAAAAGUACCAGAGAGGGUAAGGAUGCUCUGUAAUUUAAAACAGAGAAUGGAGAAUAAGGUUUUGCUUGAUUUUGAUGCUGUCAGUGACAUUAACUCUUUCUGGCGUGGAACACCAUAAAAUGCCAUAAUUAGGGCCAUUUAUACGAGGGAAAAUAAGACGCGAACUGCACCAUUUAAACAAGCAUGUCUUAUUUAAGUCUUCUGUAUACUUAAACUUACUUUUUAAGUGUUAGUUUAAAAUACGAAGAUAGCAAUUUGAUUAGUAAAGGGUCAGUAAAUAUAAAUUGUGAUAGUUUAAAGUUAAAAGGGUCUACUUACACCGGCAGAUGUCACGCAUUUGUCUAGGAGGUCUAUUAUCGCCUUCUCCUUACAUAAUAACAAAAAAUCUUUUCCUCUGCGAUGGACCAAGUGUUUCUUUUUACCUUUAACAAAGUGCUCAUUGUAUUUUAGCAAAGAAAAAAAUAAAGCAGAAUAGACAAGGACACGAAAACGAGUUGUAAUUUGUAAACAAUUUUUCCCCGCCAGUGGCCUGCCAGUCCACCGUGGGGCAAGCGAUAAUUUUCCCGCCAAAAAUUAACGCAUGCGUACUAUGCGUUCGCGUCUUAUGUAAGACGCGAGCGCGAAGGUCAUUUAUACGAAGUUUUUCUCGUCUUAGUUAAGACGCGUCUUAUCUAAGAACAGGUGUUAAGGGCUGUUCUAAAAUAAGACGCGUCUUCGCUAAGUCGCUUCUUAUUUUAGACGAAAUGUGCCGUUUAUACGGAAAGUUCGAGUCUUAUUUAAGACGCGUCUUAUUUCAGGAGCGGAUCUAGACGACCCCUGAGAUGACCUGCGGUUUUCUAAUACAACUGGUAUUCUGCCAAAAAAAAACUAUGUGGUUUAUUGGUGUUGACGUAGAGCAAGAGACGAGUGCACCCCCUCCUAAAAAAAAAUCCUGAAUCCGCCCCUGUAUUUUUCCUCGUAUAAAUGACCCUAUGAGUUUUAGAAUUUCAUGACCUCAUUACAGUCGAACCUCUCCACAAUGGCCACCUUGAAGACAGAAGAAAGUGGCCGUUGCAAGGAGGUACGGGGGAAAUAUGUAAUAUGUAUGGCGAGGGACACAAACUUGGACCCCACCAUACAAACGUCUAUAAAUUUUCGCAACUUUGCAGAGCUAUUUCGUGAUCUUUCUUCGUUCGCUUACUAAGACGUAUCACUUUCAAAUUUGGCAAUGUUACUAAUAUUAAGGCGCUCUUUCCAGUGGUGUCAAAGGAUUUUCCUUAACUGGUUCAUUUCAAAAGUUGGAAAACCAUGAAAAGGUCUAUUACACCGACCAAUAAGGACCGCAGUGUCUUUGGCUAGUCAGUGGAUAAUACCCACCACUAACCACCUUCACUUCGGUGAAUAAUUGUCAUAUAUUACAAUCUUUCGGGAGUGGGGUUUUAGUCACGUGUCAGCGUGCCCGUCCCUCUCUAGUACUUUCAGUUUUUCUAGAUACAUUUGUAACUUUAGUGCACAAGGGCAUUAUUGAUGGAUAAAAAAGUGUGGUUGUAUUUAUUAUCACCUUCCUAAAAUCUAAUGGCAAAGUUCUGUUUUUUUAAAGAGGCUUCAAACACCUGAUGAUAUUUACUGCUGGGUAGGGAAGUCGGCAAGUCAUCAUUCGUACAGAACUGGCCUCUACAAUGCUGUAGCUCUGGACGAAGCGGUAAGCCUUGCAAUUCUUUGUCAACUUAUUGCAGUGAUUUAAGGUGACACAUAAUUAUGGUCUUGACUUCUCUGAAGGAGUUUAAUCGGGAAAGGAAAGAGGGAGUUAAGGCGGGCAAGAACGCAAUAGCGCGCAUUUCUUUUUCUUUUUUCUUCUUCCUCGCGCGUUCAUCGUGUUUUCAUUCCCCUCAAACGCCUGUCCCGCAAGCUAUUGGCCCGGAUACACAACGCGUUUUGAGCGAGGCACGUCAACAGAAAGUGGACGUUUUUCGCUAUCGGACAGUUGUUUUGCUCAAAUGUUAGAGCAAAUCGAGUCUGUAAGAGUAAAGACACAUAGCCGGAAUAUACAAAUUUGAUAGCAUUAAGCCAUAUAAAAAGGGCAAAGGCCUCACGUUAGCUUGACGUGCGUCUUUGCUUAAGCUUUAGAUUACGUUUUAAACGACCUCGCAAGCGAUGCUUCCUUUCAUCCCCUGAUACUGUUGUUGAAAACAUCGUGCUUCAUUCACCACUCACACAUUACCCAUAAUACACGUUUUACCCCCCUCCCCCAUCCACCCUCCUCCCGAGCAUUUUGCAAUUUGCAUUUGAACGUCAUUUCUAUGGUGGAUAAGAGUACAGACCCAGAAAUUCUAACCCUCCCGUUUUGGUCUUAAACCUCUCGUAUUCGGCGAAUACUUCCGGCCUCCUGUUUUCGGUUAUAAAAUAUUCUCCCGGUUUUUUGAAACUCUUCCUAGCCAAAGAAAGACAAUGUUGUCUUUGUCUAACCAGUCUUUUUUGCACGAUUGUUUGCCGUUUUUCUGUGGUUUGUUGGCCAUUUUUACCCUUUUGGCAUCCGAGCAUUAACCUGCGAAAACUUUGGACGCGGUAAUGCACUGGAUUGCCUCGACUUGGCACAAGAAAUUGUAUCUUAGAGGCACAUAUCCCAAGAGGCUCACGCCUUCGGCGCUGGGUGGGCGCGGCUAUGUCGUUCUAAAAACCUACCCUUUUUUAGUUGACAGGGUUGGAAUCUCUGCAGACCUUGGAAAAUUGUUGACGAUUUGUUAAAUACAUGCAGUAGCAUUAAUAACAAAAGAACUUCAGCACUUAUCCAUAUAAAUACUAAUAAAAACGAGGAAAAUUGGAUCAGUUGCUUAAACUGAUAACACAUUAUUCCUGCAUGUUCUUCACAGUUGGAAGGAGUGGCAAUUGUUCACCGAGAGGUGCAAGACUUCGAAUCCAAACGAUUUUUAAAUGGAUUUGAAUUCUACACGGUGCUUAAAGGAAGGUACGAUAGAAAGAUAAUUCCAUGAAGUUCUGUCUUUUUUCCCUUUGUUAAACGAUAACAGAGUAAUACAAAAGCAAAAAGGGAUAUAUUUACUUUUCUAGUGUUGUAAGACGUUUAUUCUCGAACGAACCUUUCAGGACACAUAAAAGAAGACAGAAAUGAGAAACAAACUUAAACAGUCAACUUACCAAAAGUAACAACUGUAUAUUAUGCACUUGAAAACCUUCCAUUGCACGUAAAAGACACAAAACCUACGACGCAUAAAAAUUAAUGAAAUGCCGUUUAGUUGUACCUUACUUACAUAUAGCACUUAGUCAUUAAUUUACCGGCAUAAUUCGCUGGUCCCGUGGGUUUAUGUAUACGCUCCGCAUCCCUUGACCUACCCCCGCAUCCUCGCCCCUAUCCCUUUGGUCCGCCAAAGGUGGUGGGGGGGGGGGCAAGGUAAUCUUAUUGAGGGACAACCAUAUCGAAGCUUUCUCCGCCGCAGAGGUGUCUAUUUCUGUCGUAGGAAGACUGAAGAGAGAAGAAGAAAGCGCGCGGUUUUCCUCCUUACCAUCGUCCCCCGCACGCUUUCUAUUUUCUUGAUAUUGCGAUACCCAGCCGGAGCAUCUGCAGCGGAGAGAGAUAUCACAGCGAAUAAGGGUACCCUUUAUAGUCCACGCGUUUCGUUUGACGCCGGACGCCGGACGCAACGUCCGGUUGUUGGACCACAACGUUUUUUUUUAAUCAAAGAUAUAUUUGACCCUUAGUUUACCCUUAGUUUACUCAAGUUUUUAGCGCAUUUUUUACAGCUUAAAAGACCCUCCCGGUUAUUUAUUAAGUUCAGCUCCGAUCUUAAACCUUCCUCCGGCACUCAAUGCUCGCGCCUGCUGCAAGAAUAGUGCAAAUCCAGUAGCUAAACCUCUGCUCCGGUAAUUCCAAAUGUUACCGAAAACCCUGUUAUACGACCAUUUAGGUACUGUUUCCGAAAUUUACGACGUUUACAUUUGACUUUCAAUCAGAUCUGAUGGCUUGGACAAUUGUGAUCUGCAUACCAAGUAUAAAAAGCGACUCCUUCGCGUCACAGGGCCACUGGGGGUGAGUAAAUGAAGCAACUUUAAAACAGGCCGCAAGAUGAGGCUGAUUUCAAAGAGACUUAAAACAAUCUCAGGCUCAACAACAGCUACAGCAAGCUGUUUUUUCACGGUCAAACAGCGUGGUUUUCGAUUGAGUAUCGUAAAACAAAAAGGAUAGAGGGCCACGAGUUUACUAGUUUCUGUAACUAUUCCUUGCUACCCUCUUUAAAUAAAGUGUAUUAUUAUUACUAUUGUUAAGGAUCAUAACUUGUCAAAUCGCAACAUGUGUACAAAAUCCAGUAAAUCCAUGAAAACUCACAUGAAUUGAAGGUAGUACACCACGGCAUGUCUAGGGUUGGGAGAGCGGGUCACUGGACAUACUCCAGAGAUGUUUUAGACAAAUGCAAAACGAGUGGCGCUAAAAUACACAUCCCUGAGAACUUUAAGAUAUCUAUUGAUAUGGAAAUAUUCUUGUUUUAUUCCCGAUACAAAAAAAGCGGGAAAACUUUACGAUAAUAAUUCCAACUCGUCUAAUGAAGUAAUACCUAUAUAGGGAAAAGAGGAGGAGGAAGGGGGAGGGAGAGGGAAAGCAUUAACCAAAAGGGAACCAAAACAACAAAUAAUUAGGACGAAAAAUAUUAGGAUCAUUAGGUAAAAAAAAGCAAAGGUAACAAGUUUCUUUACUAUCUGUUAAACGCUUUACAUUUUAUAAAAAGGCUUACAAGUAGUGAAAAUAUUGCGCACUCACCCUUCAGGAAGAAACAUAUCCUCGGUGUGCAACCACGUGACAUGUUGGCUGACUAAACAAUUCAAUUUUGUUCGCAGAAUUUGCGUGAAAAAAGAGUUUAGAUCACAGUAGAAGGAAACACCAUUGUUCUUGUCAAGAACAUGACCGCCCGUGACAACAGCUGCAAUGAAACAAGCAAUAGGCAACUGAUUAAUUCCCUUAAGGAGCUACAGAGAGAAGAAGUCGUUAUGCCACGUUGCCAUGGUAGCAAAAUUUUCUGGAUCUUAACAAAGCGUGGUCCUGCAAACAUGGCAGAAAAAACCGAGAAAGUUGAUAUGCAUUACUUUCCUGUGCAUGAUUGCAUUCAUGAACCAAACGGUAGCCCACACUAUUCUUCCAUCACUGCACAUUGCAAAUGGUUUUAUCUGUCAAGAAAGGUUGUUAAGAUCUAGAGAUUUUGUUACCACGGCAACGUGACGUCACACUUUUCCUCUCUAUUGGGUCAUGAAUUUCAGAUGUAGUAAAAUUUCUUUCCAAUUAAAAAUAUUAUGUUUUCAUUUAAAUUUCAGGGAACCCUUUGUAUCCGUGAGACAUCUAUGAAGAGAGGAGCAAUGAGGGAAUCCAAAGAUUUGUUUAUCCUUGAUAAGGGCUUGACAAUAUACGUGGUAAUGUGUCAUUCAGUGAAUAAUCCCCUGCCUAUAAUCGGUAAAUCCACAAAGAAGGAAUGAACAAACCAGUAUUUGCUAUGUAGACAAUGCUUUACAUUUACCUGGCUCCAUGGCUCAUUUCUCAGGUUUCUUUGUACCUAAAGGUUACCAGAGUAACUUCCGGUGCCGGAGAAAGAUCCUCCUUACAACUGAAUAAUAGUAGAUCCCGUAUUUAGCCCCCUCUCUUAAAUAGGUCCCCCCUCCCUAAUAAUUCUUCCUUUUCAGGCGAAGAAAGUUAAUAAGCGCCACCCUCUCCUCCCCUCAUCACUCUUCUCUUUUUGAUCCCGGCUGGGUUGCCCCCAACUUCUUGUACUUGUCCUUUUCCACUUUGCAUUCCAGUUCUUUAUGGAAAACUGAUACCACCAUUUCCGCUAAAUAAAAUAAGCCCCUCUCAAAAGGCUCAGCCGUCGCUAUCAAGCUCCCCCCUCAAACACUUUUGAAAUAAAUAGGCCCCGGGGGGGUUAAUAGAGGAUUUACGGUAGUUAAAAAGCCUUUCGUUCUGAACGAGACUAACCUGCGUUCCAGGUGGAGAAGCAAUGUUGAGUGCAACUUCAGGAACGCUCCUACAUGUUAAAUGGGCGUGGAAAAACGAGGUCUAUGCUCGUGAUUCUGACAAAUACGCUUGUGAAAUUCCUACCUAUAUUCAAGGACACCAAUUACGAAAGCAAAAAAAAAAACUGUUUGAUGAGCCGAGGUUUGGGGGCUUGCAGCCCGCCAUAUGAUUGUAAUUUACCUUUUACUUGAUGAUCUGUCCCUUGAGCUCGUAAUUUCUGACAGAGAAUCUGUAAAAACAAAACAUAUGCCGGUGGUUUGAAACAGCGGCGAAAUGAACGGACUCUGUUUGAAUAGUUAUCCUAUGGUUAAAGGUAACAGCAACUUCUUUGUGAAAGAGAAUAAAUAGGAAAAAAUAAUCAUGAAAAAGGAUUUGGAUCGAAUAUUGAAGAUCCGCGAACUCGGUGACCCAAAUCAGCAAAUGUUAAAGUUGUUUAAGCAAACGGUAUACAAUCCAACUGGGUGAUUCCGAUCGUAUAAUAUCAGCACUUUUUCCCCAGGAUGACUCGCUGGAAUACAAGACACCCCUCGCCGCCCAACACUGGUUGAUUUAGAUACUCAGCUAGCACUCUCUCACAUAAUCAGUGAGCUGAUUUAUUAUAAUGUUCUUGUAUUCUUAGUGGGUCGGCAGUGGAUUAACAGAUUCAGAGCUCAAAGUCAAAAGAGCAAAAGAAUACGCCGAAGGAAUUAAGGUAAUGAAACAAAAACACCUAGAGUCAUCAACGUGGCUAGGCCCCGAGUUUAGUUCGCUUAUUCCUGAAGUUAGGAUUUACUGCACGCCUACCUACCCGCCCAGAGGUCUGGCUCUACUAGUCUGGUGGACCAACCAGGCGGCUGUCUUAUAAUGCUUCAAUCCAUCAAAUUUCUUAUGCCGCUGUUUCCUUUUUUUAAGGCAGAGCGCAAGGACAGGGGCAUCAGAGUUGGUACAGUCCGUAAGUUCAAUUUCCAAUUUUUUACCUCUAACUGAUAAUAGUCCCAAACGUUUUACACUUUGCGGUCGUAACAAUUCUAACCAGACUUCAAUGUUGAAAAUGCCCUAAAGAAAUCGAUCCAUCCAUUCUUGCGUCUGUUUGUCCAUACCUACCCUCUUACUCAGGCCUUCUCUGCAUCAAAUAUUCAUCCGUCGAUCCGUCCGUUUGUCUUUCCCUCCCUCCCUCCGUCCCAUUGCUGUCCAUCCCUCUGUCAAUCCGGUCAUCGAUGAGUCCGUCCGUCCCUCCAUCUGUCAAUCCGUCCGUCUUUCUUUCUGUUUGUCUGUCCAUCCUUCCGUUUGACCCUCUGCUCGUUCGUUUGUCCGUUUCUCUGUCCAUCUCUACGUCGCCUUGACCGUUUGUCCUUCCGUCCCUUUGUCCGUCUAUCUGUCCGUCCGUCUGCCCAUCCAUCCAUCAACUAAUGAGUCUCUUACGAAUAUUUUCAGAUUGUCCUUGAUCACUCACACUAUAGACUUUAUUUAGACAACAAUACCGUUCUUUUCGCAUUGCACACGGUUUGCCUAGUAGGCCACACUGUCAGAGAGUCACAGUAUAGCCUGUAAUGUGUUGUGUGUGAGUAAACUUCACUUUUUCCAAGACUACUUUAACUUAUUUUCGUUCUUGUCUUUUAAGAUGAGAAUGAUGAGACGUUGGAUAAAACUCACGAAUUAUACUGGGAGUUCCCUUAUCAAGCGAAAAAACCUAUUCAAGCAAAAAAAUGGAAACCCCCACAACAGCCACAACGCGAGGUAAACUACGACGCCUUCUGUGCGAACUGCUUUUGCAGGUUUUGUCCAGUGCAAAUGUAAGAAGCGAAUAACUAUUCAAAGUUAAUGACAGCGUCAUAGAGUAUAUAUAUCAUACGUGGCAGAAAAUGAGUAAACAAAUUUGCCGCAAAUGCACAUUCCCACCAUUGCUUUGCAAAGAAAUGUUUCAACAGCAUUGAAAAAGUAAGGUCGGAGGAAAUUUAUGUUCUAACGUUUUCUAGUAUAUAAUAGAGGAUCAAAAGGUCUCUGAAUAGGGGAAAUACAUACGUCAAAGUUCUCUUUUAAAGAGGUAAAAAGCUUCUUGUAUUUGUUUGACGAUAGACACCUGAUCCUAGCUUGGAUUGCAUUACUGAAGCGUUACUGAACCAAAAUUUGUUCCUUUUUUUUUGUCAAGGCUGGCCCAGGUCUGCAUGUGUUCCUAGGACAGAAGCUGAAUAGAAAGAUGUUUCAAGUGAGACUCUUGUAAGUGUUUUUAAAAAACAUUCAUAAGGAUUUUUCACUGCAUUUUAUAGCAGUUUCGAUACAGCUGCAAAUAUCUACCCUCUCUUCUACGCAGAGGCUCUCGCUGGGCAUUCCAAUAAAACUCGAAAUAAUUAAAAAAUAGUAAGCGCUUUCUUUUCCCCCCUCCAACUUAGUCCAGUUCUAAACGUGAGCUCUUAAAUUGGCUUUAUUAACUCAGUUAUUCAGAAACGUUUUUGGAGAACCUUUAAAACAUUCUGGGAGCUGCGAGUCUAGCAGGCUGGAAAAUCAUUGAAUUUUCUAAAAAAAUGCUUGGCAGCUUACGCCUCCUCCCCCUUCUCUUACAAAAAAUGCUGAGCACAGAAAUUCAGCUUAAAAACCUGAGUAUUUAUUACAUAUUGGACUUGAGCAAUAAAUGAUCUAGGAAAGGCUCGAUACUAGCACACGGAUAUCCGCUGAUCGCAACAUAACGCACUGCACUGCUUACUUUACGAACAAAAUGCAAAAGAUCUUAAUGUGUUCUCUAUCUUUGUGACUCUCAAGGAAUCCCGUUGCCCGCCGAGAUCAUGACUUUCGUUUCCAGGAAAAAUGUCAAGGAGAAGACGUUUGCCUGAGGUUAAUGGAUUCCAAAGAAGGUCUGUUAAUACAUGAAUUGGGUACUUCCCACUGAUAAGAGAAAAACUCCACAUGGAAAAUUCCUUUUUGGGCCAGUUCCAAGCAAAUAACGCGAUUUCAGUUUGGUAAUCGAAUUGGGCGUUUGGAAUGCGUCUUUUUUUCGUGUAGAUGGGGGAAUUUCUUGGUAGCAUGGUCGGUUGGUACAUACUCAAGCUCCUAAUCUUACGCAAAGAAGGAAUGAAUGAAUUACUAAUAGUCGCAUUACUGAGCAUGCGUAUUAUUUCGGGCGAUAACUGUAAUGAUGCGCCAUCUUGAUCAUGUUUUCAACUCCUCGCAGGCGCUAAGAUGGGAAGGAAAGAAUCGUUUAGUUACGAAAGAGAACGGCGCACCUAAGGCGCAGCAAAGCACUUGUUCGGUAUUUUCAAAAGUUUUCAUACCUUUUAUCAUGUUUUAAAGCUUUUUUUUAUCUCUUUACACUUUCUCCACGAACUUUGCGAUUCAUGAGAGGAGAUAGCUACCGUUACUAUGCGACACCUGUUUAAGCUGUUUCAAGGGAGGCGAUUUCACACUCUUUUGUCGCAGCUAAUAUCAGCUGUUUAUUGCAUUUAAUCUGUUUUUGUUUUAAUUGCAGUUUACGUUGUUCAUGUGAAAGAUUCUGAGGAGCAUGUGUUUAUCCGGGUUGGCAAAUCUUCAUGGAUACGAGAAAAGGGAAAUGGUUUGAUUGUUGGUCAUGUGAGUAUUACAGUGGCCAAUGGCUUUGUUUUGGUAUCCAAUGAUUAUCGAGGAUAUGCGCGCGUGACCUAGCGUCAUUUUGAAAUGCAGAAUGCGCUGAAAACUUUCAGUCACAUUUCGUUGUCCUCGUCCUAGCCUGCGUGGCGGGAGUUCGAAAGGGAAAGGGAAAGGAAUUAGGGCGCGAGACCGCGCGCGAGGAAGGAAGGGAACGCCCCGCGCGCUCUCGCCCGCCCAAAUUCCCCCUUCCCCGUUUAACGCCUGCAGCCACGCAGGCUAUCCUCGUCCUGGAAUUUAAUGUUCCCUAAUGUCCUUAGUCCUGUUAACAAUAACAGGUGUGUUUUUAAAGUCCAGUAUAAAGAGAAGUUUCUAAGAGAUUCAUGGGUCCACGUGCAGCCGCAUCACAGCGCACUCUCAGGAUUAGGUAAUUGAGAAGAGAAAGACCUCGGAAACUAGAGAUUGUCCUUUUCGUGCAUUAGUGAACUUACGCAACAGGACGGGAGAGGAAAGAAGACGGUAAAGCUUGUUUCUCCGUCUUUUUGCGAAGAAACCAGAGGUGGCGUCGAGUAAAGUAGGCUGUUUUCUCAGGCUAAUUCACAACAAAAUGAGAUUUUUCUAGUGGAAUCAGCCUGGGUUGUGGAUCUCCUUCUAAGCACCUCUCGUUGAGUAGUCUCACGACAUAAGCCGGAUGAUACCGCAUAUAUGGUAAUAAUGUGCGACAAGUUACCACAUUUGUUGUGUUUUUUUUUUCAAAAUCGACAGGAUUAUCUGAAGGACGAAGAGUUGACAUUCGAAAGACACUCUGGAAUCCCCAUUACUGUCGUUAAAGAAGAGCAGUUUUCAAUUCAACUCCAGGCCGCCAUUGGAAUAUAAGUAAGCCACCCCUCGAAGCAGGGUUAACUGAAAUAACCAGCGUGAGCAUUAUAAAUGGCCUUCGAACACAUGAACUGGGCGCAGAAUAACUAGUGUUGUUAUAUAGGUGGCUCCAGUUGUUCAAAAAAUGGAUAGCGCUAUCAACUGGAUCAAUCACUAUCCAGUGGAUAACGCAAUUGGUUUUCGUACUACUUAUCCGCUCGAUAGCGAUUUAUCCGGUGGAUAGCGCUUUUUGAAAAACUGUGGCCUGGAAUUUUUAUUCCCAACAGCGCGCUCUCUCAUUGGUUACUUCGAGGUCACAUGACAUCUAACAAUGAAACUGUUUCCCGCCAAAAUCUCUGAGCGGGCAACAUUACAAAAUUGAUGACUUAAGAGGGUAACUGUGCACUGUUACCCGCAAAUUUUGACAGUCAACCGCCGUUACAGCAAGGUUUAAUGAAUUUCCAGCUAUAUAACAAACCACUUAAUGACUCGUUCCACAGGAAAAAGGUUAAUUUUGGGUGAAUUUAUUUGCAAAAUACGCUUAUAGCUGUUGCAUUUGCCCGUUGGUACUUUUUAUUGUUUUUAAGCUCAAAAAAGAUGACGUUUUACAGAACAUUUAACUUAACCCAAAAGAACUAUUUUUGCGGGGCCUUGUUGUCGGCCAUUUUAAUACCCUAUCAGUAUCAUAUACUUAUAUUAAUGAAUUUAAGUUGCAUUAUUAUCGUAUAGAACGAGUUCUAAACAGCGCUGAUUACUCGAUUUCUCUUUUUAUCAGUAUAAACCCAUCAGACAUAUUCAUGAAGACAUUGGUCGAGGCAGUUUAAUUCGCAGUUUGCCAAGAUGGGGCCAAGAUGAUCGAAGAAGGGAAUUUAUCAGCUUCUUGAGGAAAUGUUUAUUUAUAGGGUGUUUUUGCGGUAAAUAAUGGUGUAAUAAUCCACAUGUUUUAAGGAAAACUGGAUUGACUUUUGCAUUUCAUUAUAGUGCUUUAGCAGCUGAGAAUAAUAGUAAAAGUAGAAAACGAAACAUGUCUUGUUAUUGUUUAAUUCAAAUACGCUUCCAUGUAGCGUCAUCCUUCAGGGUACUCUAGAAAAUGUUAAAAAUAAGGAAAAACAAAUUACGAAACCGGCGAAAGAUAAGAUUAAAAAAACGCUGGCGUUAUCAUCAUCAUCAUCAUCAUCAUUAUCAUCAUGGUUGUUGUCGUGACCAUUUUUAAAAAUAUAUCAAACUAGGGCACCGUUGUGUCGUUUAACCUUGAAUCAACGAAUGCUAGAAUCAUAAACCAUUCUCCACUUGUACCCAUGACGAAUUGAGCUGACAGUCUCCGGGAUCUUUGCUCAUCAAAAAGAUUCAAUGAUCAAGUCUGAAACUAUGAUUUUUACAUUGCAAUAACUCUUCGUAAUUUUUCUUUUUGCGCAAACGUACGAAUAUCGCAAGGCAUGGGGCUACAUAUGCUACACCCUGAUCGUAGUUCAGUCGAAACCAGCGGCGAACUGGAAUGUUGUUAUGCAGUUUACUUCGGACACAAACUUUUCCAAAGUAACUGAGAAGAAGAAGGACUAUCUAGGGUGGAGUAUAUCUGGGGUUACAAAGAGAGUGCACAAGGCCCCCUACCCCCUCCCCUCAAAAAGCAUCAUAAAUAAGUCAAACACGCUUUUUUUUUAUUAUCAUUUUUCGCUCAGGUAAUUAUAAGACAGUUGAAGUUCGAAAGCUCAAGAACUUCAACGAAGUUGAAUUUUUACGAAAUCUUCAAAUGAAUGACUGAAAUCUCGAUACUGCAUGCGAUAACUCAAAUGAUAUGGGGACGUUUGGAAACUGCUAGUAACGAGUGUUGUAGACAAGAAUGCACCUUUUAGAACAAAAAGGACCAAAAACAAAAGCUUUCCAUAGAUCAUAAAUAAAGUGUCACAUGGAAUAUAUAAAAAGGACUUUCUGAAGAGGAAAGCUACUUCUUCAAACGAUCCCUUGAUUUGGGUACAGUUCAAAGAUGAACGAAAUAAGACUAACAACCCUAUAAAGAAAGCCAAGCGUAAAAACUUUUCUGAAAUACUAGAUGCAAACAAAUGUGAUCCUCAUAAAACUUGGCGGUUCUUUAAUGAGCUUCAGUCUCCACAAAAGUAAAUCAUCUAGAGUGUCCCAAAUCAAAAUAGCUAGGAAGUCAAGUUUUCACGUCACCUGGUGUUAAAGCUGAAGCGUUCAAUAACCAUUGUACAAACAUUGGCCAAUCUCUAGCUCGCGAAAUUCCCAGUGUAGACACUGAUUCCCUUUACUAUGUAAAUCCUGUCUGAACGGAGUAUUUCUUUUCCAACGGAUCAAUGUUCAAAGAGUCAUAAAAUUACUUAAAGCUAUCGAUGUUGGCAAGGUAACCGGUCUUGACGAAAAUUCCCUAAAAAUUACAGCCGUUGUUGUUGUUUCGCCCAUUUUUAUUCAAUCCAUACUGACUGGUAUUUUCCCCUGUCAGCUAAAGUGUCACCUAUUUUUAAGAAUGGCUCCAAGUCAGACCAAAACAAUUACCGGCCAACAUCUGUUAUCCCUGCCUUAGCCAAAAUUUUUGAAAAAUUGUCUAUGAUCAACUUUACCAAUGAAAAUGGUGUUAAUCUGGUUUUUGUUCCCUACACAGUACUCUUACAGUUUUAUUAGAGACAAACGAUAACUGGUGUGUCAAUAUUGACAGAGAUCUUGUUAAUGGCGUAAUCUUCACUAUUGACACUAUUGACCCAGAGAUCAUUCUUAAAAAACUCACUAAAUACGGCGUUGACCAAGGUGCCUUGAAAUGGUUCAAAUCUUCUCUAACUAACCGUAUGCAAAGAUACAUUGCACACAGUAGGUCCUCUCUACUGUGGCGUACCCUAAGGGUCAAUAAUAGACUCCCUUCUCUUUUUGAUCUACAUAAAUGAUCUUCCAAACUGUUUGAAUGCUGGUUCUCCUAGAAUGUACGCGGACAACACUAACGUUACCUUUUCUGCACAUAGUGCACAUCAUCUCGAAUUACAGUUCAAUACUGAGUUGAAACAUAUUAAUCUCUAGCUUAAAGCUAACAAGUUAAGUCUCAAUGUCGCCUGAACAAAGUUUGCGAUUAUUAUCUCGAGGCAGAAACUGCAGACUUUAAAUGACUACACAAUCUGAACAUUAAUGUAGAUGGCGUCCAAGUAAACCAAACAACUCAUAGCAAAUCUCUUGGCGUGGCUUGCUUUAACUUAGCUUGGGUUUUCGUUUUGAGGAUGAGGUGGGUCAGGAUAUUCUAAGGCGACGCUGCAUUAGUUGGUGAAGAAAAGUUCUUAGCGACCCGUAAUUUAAAGUCAUUGUUAAAAUUUGUCAUCUGAUAUAUUGUGAGAAGCAGACCGACUUUCUAUUCUACUGAAUCGUAACUAAGCUUAACAUAAACUGAGAGAAUUUACGAGAAUUUUGCUCACAGUACAAAACCUAAACAUUUAUAAAACAAAAAGCCAUAGAAACAAAAUUAAGUGAAAUCGAAGAUUUUGUUGACAAUGGCGCUUAAUUAGUUAGAAAUGGGAAUUUCUAAGUGCACCAAUGAUAAUGUGAAGCUAACUACAGGUGGUGAAACAAUCUUAAACUAAGAAUUAUUGUGAAGGGAACAUCCUUGCCAGGGCACAGUUGAAAUCUUCCAGCUAAGCACAAACUCGUUCGAAGGGCAUCAACAGCUCUAACAUUUAAUCAUGAGCGGGUUAAGAAAACAGAAGGACUACGAUUGGAAGGACUCCAAUGUUGCGAAUAUCAAAAGCAAGGAAGACAGAGAUGUAAGUCUUCGUUUUGAACAGUUAUGGAGGAAACUCCAAAUUUGUAGAGGAACUCUAUGCAAUGUUCAAGUAGUUAAAAACAAGAGCAUUUGUGUUUUGACUUAUAUAUUCAGUUACGAUUACAUGCCGCAAAUAAAGAACCUGCUUGGAACAGAGUCGAAGAAAUUAUGUCAGACAAGCUUGGGAAAUCAACAAACAAGGAAGACCCUCAAGCAUUGAAAUUUUGGAGGGUGGAAAAAUUUCAGGUAAAAAACUUGUUUCCAGUUUCUUCAUAAAAUUAUGACUGACAGUCGUUUAAUGUUUCCAACUUUUGAAUUCGUGAUUGAAAUCCACAUUCUUUAUUUUCAUGAAAUAUGUUCGCUUUUCUGUUCAUUAUACAAAAUUAAUGUAAGAUUCUGGAAAACUGCGUCCAACUUCCCCUCCUUAACCACCAUUUUGCCCUGAGAAAGAAAUAAGCCUUAACAUUGGGUUAAGGGAGGGAGGGUUAGGUGAGGGAUAGGUUCGCAAAUCUUAUACUGAUCUGCAAUUAAGGUUUGACCCUCUUUAGCAGCACUCUGAGAACGUUUUCUCACUCAAAUACAAAGUAAUUUGUCUUGGUUCUUGAACUAACCAUGGUUUGUAAAAAAAAAAUGCCUGACAGAGUAUAACAGCCUUUAAAAAUCUGUGAAAUUUAACUUUGCAAGAUUUUAUGCGAGGGAAUUGACAACGCAUUAAUAAUUAAAACCAGAAGCAUCAACAACAUCGCUUUUUGCACCAUAAAAGGCAAAGUUUUUAAAAUUCUUUGAUGAGAGUUUUUGGCAACAAUGCGUGGUUGCUAGCCCUACUGGGAGCGUAAGGUAAGUUGGAGUAGUAUAGGUGCAUACUUUGUGCAUUUCAAAUCACACUCUGGAACAUUACAAUAAGUUCAAUUGAAUAAGACCGGCCAAGUCUUCCAGCGUUAGGUGAAUUGCAUAAUUUUGUAGCUUUUAUUAUUUAUUGCAUCAGUAGAGAUUUCAAUUAAUUAGGCUCAGUAAAUUUCCAUUCCUCAGUGACCAUAUUCAAAAAAUGGAGAUCAAUAAAAAUUUUUUAUCUCAACUUGCGUUUUUGUUUUUGUAGCCGUAUAAUUUCUAAAAAUACAGAUCGAGAUACAUUUGUAAAGCGUUUUAUUUGUAAUAAAAACAAAUCAGUCUGUUUUCAACCUAUCCCACUGGUAUUAGUAUUAUGAAGGAAAUAAAGGGAGAUGUAAAGAAUCAAUGAUAAGAGAUCUGAGCCCCAGAUGGGAUUCGAACCCAGGACCCUCCGGGUUAGAACAUCCGAUCUAGAACAAACAACGAUUUGCGAAAGGUGUUCAGAGGAACAUAACCGACAUUUUUAAGGCUUGAAUAAUUACAGAUAGCAUAAAUAUCUUUUCCAUUACAUUUUGUACUCUAGUUACUGUUUACUGCACUUGCAAAAUAGCGAAAAACGCUUUACCUUACAACUUUUAACUUGCAGCAUUGCGCUGUAGCUCGUUUCGUUUUAAAACAGUGAUUUGUCUAGGACUCUACUUACUUUGUAGCUGAGAUGUACAAUGCUGUCUGAAAGACAGUGUCUUUGUACUGUGAAUUAAAAAUUUCAGUGCAGUUUAAAGAUGAGUGUAAACCUGGUUUUAACUACCGAGCACUUAAAACUGUAAGUGGAGUCAUAAAAGUAACGUCAUCAUUGUGACCGCCUCUUCUAUACGGACACAUCUCUAAUACGGACACUUCGCUCUGUCCCUCGGUCUCUGUAUUAGAGAGGUUCGACUGUAUUGUGAACGCCUAGCAGCAAGACUGAGAACUGCCCAAAGCAUUUUUUAAUCAAUUUUCUCUGAUUAAUUUCUUCGUGGACUACACUUAAACCACUGAAACUACUGGAACUGGUUUCAUCUCCUCUUUUUAGGCUGUAAGCUUUAGUUCGAGAGAACUGGCGGAGAAUUCGACAUCAGUCUAAUACCCCUUACCAUAUAAAUCGUGAAGGUACUCCAAAAAAUUCUCUGCACAACAGCCACAGGGCACGAAGAAAAUAUACGGAGAUUUCCAUGCAGAUAUUUGAGCCGUGGUUAAACACAUUUUUUGUCAAAUCGUCCUUAUAUAAGAGUAAAGAUACUUAUCAAUACAAAUUUGGUAGCGUUAAGGUAUAUUAAUGCCGUGUUUAGACUUGAGCUUGCUACCGAGGUAUUGGAGUUAACUUACCUAGGUAAAUAUUUUGCGUGUGUAAACGCCAACUGAUACCCUGGUAAACACCGCUCAAGACAAUAGAAAGUUAACUAAGGUAAAAGUUCGGUUUGCCCUGCGAAAAGGCAUGGUUAAGGUCGGUAACCAAGGUUUGGAUGACAGAUACAUCCGCUUGCGGUCGCAUAGAAUUUCAAAUCCUGUGGUGUCGGGAUUGCGUCAGGCUCAUUCGAUCACGUUUUCGAGACCAGGUUUUCGAGACUAGGUUUUCGACCAGGUUUCCACGUUUGGUUUCGGUCUACGAAGAAGUUAUGGCAAAAACCAAAGACACAAAAGACACACCAUUCUUCAACAAAAUUUCCGUUUAAUAGAGUUUCGAACCAGAAUUGGUUUCUCGGCCACGACCACGCACGUCUAACGCGCCUUGUCUUGCGAAGGGCAAUUUGUAGCAGAAUUAAUCGCUUUCGCCUCCACCUCUUUAGGUGCUGCAAAAGUAAGAGCUGCUGCAAACUCGAUCCCUGGGUUUGCUGAUCAAGAACAAGAAAAUAAAACGCGAGGACUACAAGAGCCACAGCUUCUCUUUUAAACGCGAGCAUUUAUGCGUGGAUUUAGAAUUUGCCGCCAAUUCGAUUAGAUUGUGAUUGAUGACAGACUUACCUUAGUUAUUUGAGCCCGUAUAAACACUGUAGAAAUGUACCAGGGUUUAGUCAGUUAAUGUUUACCUUGGUAAACGCUUGAGUGUAAACACAGCAUAAGAGAGAAAAAUGCUCACUUCCGGUUGACAGAAACGUCACUAACGGUUUGGGACAGUAACAUGGCGGACGUGACAUCAUGUGAAAAGGCUCUGCGUUUUUAGAGUCUUGGAGGAAUCAAGUGUAUUGGAGGGGGGUGGGAUUAAUAUUGAUAAAGAGAAAAGAAGCAAGUACCCCCACCCACCGAGGUAGAAACCGAGUAGCCUGCAAUGUACCUUUUCAUUCAGUUAUCAAUAUAACCUUCUUUCUCAAACAAGCAUGGGAUAAAAAAAAGUCCUGUUUCUGAUGUAAAUCAUUACCAAAAUGCUGUUCCUUUUUCUCUUUAGGUAAAAGAUUGGCUUCCCGAGGACGGAAAGGUGGUAAAAUUCUACAAGGGAGACUCGUACAUCAUCCUUCAUGCUGAAUACAAAAAAGAUCCUCAGGGAAGACUCAGAAAGGAAGUUAGUAUAGAUAAGCUGAACUGCUUAAUCAACAAAAUGGGUUUAUACAAUAAUGUCAUAAGGCAUUUGAUGCUCUACACAGGCAAGUCGUAGAUCCCCAGGUCAGGGGCAGGACAAGGAGGUCCUUUGCCUAACGGGCAGUUUGGUUUCCUUCCGAUCAAUACCCUGAGCUUCACAUCAAUGCACUUAAAAAAUCAUCGGAACUUUCAAAAAAGCCAGACGAGAACCUCCUUAUUGUAUAGCAAUAACCUUGAGUGGCAUUAACUGAAUGUUCUCUUUGAAUUGAAUUUUUUCAGGCUGUAGACUAUGACAUCCAUUUCUGGAUUGGAAAAACGUCCACACAGGAUGAGUACGGAACAGCUGCUUACAAAACAGUUGAACUAGAUAGUAAAGUAAGAAACAAAAUAUUAUAAUUAACGCACUAAUGAUAACGAUAACGAUAUAACGAUAAUGAUAACGAUAUAAUGAUAACGUACCCAAUAAAAUAAGUAAUCGAUCCUUGACCUUCAAGCAAAGUAAGUCAGAUCAGUUCAAAUCUGCUUGGCACUGGUUUUUCUUUUUAUUUCGAGCUUGGCAUUACAGUGGCAUUGGUUGUAUUUCUUGCUUAUAAUACUGUUUGCAUUCUUCAAGCGCUUGUACCGGUUGCAUUUCCCGCGUCUGGCACCGGUUGCAUUUUUUCUGCGCUUGCAGCUCAAAGCACUGAAACAUAGCAUUUCCAACCGAACGUUUCUCACUCCGAAAAAGUUAAUUAGCCAUGUGAAGCGAAGACACCUGCUAUGGAAAUGUUCUUUAUUAUUCAAUUCUGCAGUUGGGAGAUGAAGCGGUGCAACAUCGGGAAGUUGAGGGAUGUGAGUCUGACGAUUUCAAAGAAUAUUUUAAGAAGAUGGGAGUAAAAUUCGAAACCAUUGAAGGCGGGUGAGUUGAGUUAAAGCUGGAACUGUAUGGCAUUACGGGAUUGCCCCUCAAUUUGCUUAAAUCAUGUUUACCCCAUAGGCAGCAUCAGUUUAUUGUACAUAAAAGCAGCAUUUCAAAAUCCAAACGGUAACCUGUGUAGUACCUCAGGGGUCUGUGUUAGAUCCUUCACUGUUUCUUAUGUAAAUUAAAGAUAGCCAUUGAGCUACAAGUGUGCGCUGAUGGCACUUUAGUCAGUGCUGCAUCAGAAUUCGGCGACUCUAGGCGUUUCUUCAUGGAUAAAUCAAGACUUAGUUCACACUAGAAAGAGAUUAUUGUACGAUAUUUAUAAUUACCUAUCACGGCUAAGGCACGAGAUCAGUAGAUAUCUCCUUAAACUUCUUAAAUGGGAUAAUCUAGCCUCGUAAAAGGGCCAAGAACAACCUUUUUCCUAUGAGCUGCGAAGGUAAUCCAAACAAAUCUUGCACUUGGCUAGAGGAAAAACCUUUAAAAGUUCUUUAAAAUCUGAGAGCACUAAGUUCUUAAAAAAUAUUCCUGUUAUUGCUUCUUUUAUAAGUAUUUGGUAUUUGAAUUAUAAGUAUUUGAAUAUUACAGAGGAAGAAAUUUGUCGACAUAAUGUCGUGCUUUUGUUUGUUCUUUAAUGAAAUUGUACUUAUUUACAUACGGCUUUCCCGUAAAUGCGUUUUUUAACUUACUGAAGCUACCGUAAAGACAUAAAGGCGAUUGAUUCAUUUUUUUUCCUUUUCACGUUAACAGCAUUGCCUCUGGAUUCAGGCAUGUUGAAAUCGGAGCUGUUGACAAGGCAGUCACUGUGGUACAUUACAAACCGUCAGCUCAAAAGAAGGAUCAGUUCCAGGAAAUUUUUAUGGAAUAUGAAAGGAAGAAUCUGUGCUGUGAUGAUGGAUUUUUGAUAAUAUUCUGCCAUGAUCGUUAUUACAAGGUACAUUUCUGUUUCUAUCAAAUAAUUAUAAAUAUUCGAGUUAUCGUCUGUUCUUCAAUUCACUUGUCCGGCGCUCGAUACAAAACUACAGUGUCUGGCUAUAUAUCUUCUAGAUGCUGUAAUGGGACACCCAAUGAAGUCCAUUCUCAUCAUCAUACCGCGAUUAUGAUUCACAAGAUUACACACAAAAAGCUUCCCCCUGGGGGAUUUCACCUAACUCGUAAAACUGCGGCUUACAACCUCAGAGACUCUAACUUAAUUUAGCACUGGAAAUCCAACACCGAAUACCUGAAAAAGAGCUUUUUGCAUAGCGGUGCAAAGUCGUGGAAUUCUCUCCAAACUAUGAUUAAAGCCUGAACCGUCUUUCUUGGUUUUAAGAAAUCUUUGCGCAGUCACGGUCUCCAGGGCACUAAUUAAUUUUAGUUGUCUACCUGCCUACCCUUAUACCUGUCUACCCCUCCAUUAAGCUGUCUGUCAGUCCUUCCACCCCUCCAUCCGUCUGUCCGUACGUCAAUCCACUUAUCCCUCUGUCCUUCCUGUCCGUCCGUCCGCCCAUCUAGCUAUCUAUACCUAUAUCUGUUUGAUUAUCUGUCUGUAUGUCUUCGUCUCUAUCUAUUCAGGUACCUCUCUCUGAGAUAAACAAAUCCUUUAUUUAAACACCAUAACAAUUAAACACAAGCACGUAAAAGCUUGUGAGACCGUGUAAAUCACAACCCGCCAUGAUACGUUCUUGUUGAUACAUUUUUGACCAAAAAAGAGACUGAUAGUUGGCGCAAGCAGGGGUUUCACAUUGUAACUGAGAUAUUUUCAUCGGGUACACGACGACCACGCGCACACUUAUAGCGAACGCAAAGUAGACAGGUUAGAAAUUUUCAAACAAAACUGGACCAUUAUGUUUGGGUUUUCUUUGACUCCAAUGUACUUUUAGGACAAAAAGCAACACCAAAUAUGGUGAGUCAGCUGCCUUACGGUCAACCGAUACAUAACUUAUUGUUUAUUUUUUUCUAGUUAAAGGGUAAGAAUGUUCCAUUAGCCUUCAACGAGCAACCGAUCAUCAACGCCAUAAAGGCGUUUCAGGUAUCACUAACUUAACAUACAUAUUAAUAAAAGUAAUAAUACGGUUGUUUUAAUUAAGAUCAAGAUAGGAGGCCGGUUAGUCUCUCAAAGAAAAGCCUACAUGCGACUAACAGAGUUGCGGUGAUUAAGACCCUGCUAGUAGCUGCUAAUGGUAACCUAAAGUACGUUUCAACGUCAAACAAAAACAGACCUACAAAUAUUUGCGUCUACUUUUUAUGUUAUUUACAGCUCCGUAAAUAUGAUUAAAAUAUUUGAGUCAACAUCAGUAAGAUUAUCCAUCGUUUCCUUCCUUACAGGAAACAAAGUAUCCCAAAGCAUUCACGGCGGAAACUUUCGGUAAGACUUAAUAUAAUAAGUCAGUUUACUACCGUAUUCACUAGCGCCUUGAAUCAAAUAAUCACUACAGGAGCAAGACGGUCCUUGUGUUCGGUGUUCAAGACAUCCUUGACGUAAAGCCCGUAACCAAUAUUUUAAAAUGAUUUUACCCACCGUAGAAAAAACAAAUUUUAAUUGGCCAUUCCGAGUUCCAAAACCCUUACUUUCAAAACGAGGCUGAUUCAAAAUCUUUCUUGAGAAAAUGAGUUACAUUUGCAUGAGAAUAAAGAAUCAUUUUUUUAUAAAUGGCUUCGCACUUAGCCUCGCUUUAAAACAGAGGCUGCAGGCAACUCGGAAAAGGCCCAAUCCUAUGGUAAUUUUCAACAGAUAUCGCUUCAAAUUGUGCGAGAAAAAAACAAAGGGAAAUGAACUAAAGCUGCCUUAUAAACGAACUGUAGUGUCUCAUAAACUUUGAAACAUGAGGCGCAGACGGUAGGUUUUAGACUGUCAAAAAAGCACGAAAUGCAGUUUUAUUGAACAGUUUAUCCUCUAAAGCUUCGUGAAAAUAAGAAUUUAUCCUCUACUCUUCUUAAUUUGUCUCCUUUCAUUCUUAUAUAGAUCUGGUUCUUCCAACAAUCCUGAGUUAUAAGAUUACUUAGACUAGGAAUCUGAACGAAUUCUUUAGGAGUUUUUACAUGUUGUUUGCUCUAUUACAGACAGUCAAGAGGAACUCGAAAAAAGUGACAUCUACAAGGUAGCCAUUUUAGUUGGGGUCAUUAGUUAGAGUGAAAAUAAGGGCUCAAAAAGCAAGAAAUUCUUUCUGUGGGUCAAAAUUUUAUUAAUAUUUAGUAUAUACUAAAACAUUGGUUAGUGUUUUUUCCUACUUUCCUGGCGCGCUUUUAGUGUCUGUCACGUGUACUGACUAUAAGCUCUCAAUGGCUAAUUUCUCAGACACUUAGCGCUAAUUGCGCUUGUUUAAGAAGUCCUGCUCUUUUCAUUAUUAAACUGAUAAGGAGGCUAGAAUUAAGAGGAUCUUAAAAGAAUAAUAAAAAAUUUUAAAAGUGAAGUUAAGGGGCAUUUUGUUUCCUUUCUAUUGACAGAAAUCUCCCCAGUUUGUUGUAAAGUUGGUCAGGUAUGUUGUUAUAAACCAUCUCUCUCCUAACAGAAAGGCUUACUUCCUACGUUUUUAUUACAGGACGCCAUUCCUUCUAGUCUAAUCAAAUUAAACACCACUUUUUGUCCAAUUCUAAACCUUUUAUUUAAAACGGACAGGAGAUUGCCUAGCAACAACAGGAUGUAGCUCCCAUGUCCCAACCGAAAACUCAUACCGUCAACUCUUUCCUAGACGAACACCUUUAAGAUCGGCAAUAAGUGCCCGUCUUAGAGAGAUGUUCGUUUUAUAGAGUGUCAACUGAAAGGAGUAAAGAAAGGCAGGGACCAACUCUAGGUGUCCGUUAGGUAGGGAGCCUCUCUUAGUGUUCGUUUUAGCGAGGAAUUUGUCUUAUAGAGAGUCAACUAAACUAACGAACUGCAGGAACCAACUCUAGGCGUCCGUUUUAGCGAGGCGUCUGUUGAGAGAGAGGUGACUGUGUAUCGUGAACCCCGCACUACGGACACUGUGACAGGGUCCCUUUGGUGUCUGUGUUUAGUAACCGGGUUCCACUGUACUCUAUUUAUACAGAGUGACAGGCACUGAGACGAAGGAAUUUGGCUUCAAGGUCGAAGGAGAAUUCAAUGACUUACAGGAUUUUGUAGAUGAUGCAAAGAAAUUGGAUAGGGAUGAUGGUACGUUACUCUUCCGGCAUCCUUGGAGUCCGAGGGGUAUUCAUUCAAUGGAUGGGGGAAUUUAGAUCGUUGAUACGUACUACUCGCUUAUUGGGCAGAAAAAUAUCGCCAUUUUACUUACUUAACCCGCGCAAAUGUAAUCAUACGGGGUAAAAAGUAAACAAAAGAGAAGAGCGACAUUAGAGUGUAAUACUGCGUAUAAGUCUACUAUCUAUUUCAUGGGUUAAUUUAAAAUGAAUCUUAAAAAAAACAUAUUUCUGCCCAAUCACGAAGCACCAUUCCGUAAGAAUAAUUGUCCUGGGGCCCUUUCGUUUAUUUUUCAAGAGUUCAGCCGGUUUUUGUUAAAAACCUCCAGAUGAUCCCGACUUAAUGCCCCUUGGUCUCCGGGUUUGGUUGCUGUGUCGGUAGUAAUUGAACGGUUAUUUUGAAGGGCUCAGCUUAACCAUUUAGCCCUUAUUACGGACUGCAAAAGGUCAGUUUCUAGAGAUUUGCCUACAUGGUAGAGAUUAUACGAGUUACGAUGUUAUAGAGGGGGACGAAAAUGUUUUUCCUCUUUAUUACAAGCCUGUUAAUCUCGGAAAACACAAUCAUAAGCAGCAGGAGUCAUAGUUUUCGCAUCGUCCUGAAAAAUGCCAGAAAAUAAAAUGAUACUCAACUUCAUAAAUGUGUUGCGAACUGUCAUCAAAACCUUUUCGUCCUCGUUAGCCUGAUAAGAGGCGUUUUAGGAGAGUAAACGACGGCUAUGAAGGACAAAAGGCCCCCACAACGACAAAAACACGUUCCAUGUAUAAAUCCACGUUAAUUUGACUUAACGCAUGCGCAGGAGCGGAUUUUGUUGUCUCCUGCUUGGUUUAAAAGUUUGAGAAAAUAUCAAAGCGACAGAAAAGAGAAGGACUUGUUGUAAUUUUAAGUUUUUUUCUUAAAGUCUUCCUCAUCGAGACAGAUGGACGCCUGUUUGUGUGGAUCGGUAAGGAUGCCAGCUCAAAAGAGAAGCAAAAUGCCAUGUCUUACGCACAAGUAAGUGACGAAGCAACGUUUAAUUGUCAUCGUAUAAAAUUGUGAAACGUUUGAAAAGGCAGCUACCUUGAAUACCAAAGAGCUGAUUUUCUUUUGCGACACCUUUAUGAUAUUUUGUCAACUGACUGCCUGCACUGUUUGACUAGUCGUUUCUCAAUCUGUUGGAGCGAGAGGACAUGCGUCUGUUCGAUCUGAAAUGAUUUUAUAACCAUUAUCUUAUAACUACUAUAUGUGCAAGAAAGGUACAGAAGGUAUUUAAGAAGAACUCCCUUGGUUUGGAAAAACAGUCUUAAAAACAUUAUUACCGUCUAGAAUUCGCAAACACCCACCAUGGUCAAAGGGAUCUACAUCUUUGGAAGAGCUUUACGUAUAAACUCGUAAUUCAACACUCUAGUUUCUAUCGUUUUGUUUUAUUAUUUCCUACAGAAAUACUUGGAUACUCUGGCCCAGAAUAAGAUGAGUGGCAUCACUGUUUAUAAAGAUGAAUGUGGAAAAUGUCCACCUUUUGUCAAAUCAUUGAAAAAUAAAAGAGGUAAGUCAAUUGCUAUUAAAUUAUAAGGAACAAACAAGCUGUCGCUAUAAUAAAGUGCAACUUACAUCUGAUAUAAAAGACAUUACGAAGGUAACGACGACAACAUGGUGAUGACGCUGAUGAAAAUCAUUACGACAAAGACGACGAUGAUGAUGAUGACGAUGACGAUGACGACAACAACGACGACGACGACGAUGAUGACGGUGACAAUAGCGACGCCGACGCCGACGCCGAUGACGAUGACGACGACGAAGAGGCAAUAG